AUGUCUGUGUUAGCCUUACUACUAAGUGUCACCCUCAUGUUUACCAAUACCACGCCAUCUUACAUACGUAAAAUGCAACGGGUGUUGAACAAUUUUUUGGUUGCUUUGAUCGACACGCAGAUUGUCCUAGGUCUCGCCCUCACUAUUCCUACGGUGUCAUUCAUGAAGUGUUACAUCUCCACCUACCACUUGGAUCUUCUCAGUGAUCUUAUCACAAUUGCAACUACAUCGAUCUUAAGCUCAGCAAUGGCUGUGGACUGGCACUCGGCUUCCAAAGCGUUAUGGGUCCGACUAGUUUUCGCAUGGGGCAUACUUCUGCUUACAGUCACAAUCCUCGGUUACAAAGCAGACUCUCCAAUUCUUCCCACCUUCACACCCCACGACGAGCAGACGAACAAGUCAAGCACAGGCCUAGUACUACCAGCCAUGUGCUUCAUAGGCCAUCCGAACAAAAAGCAAGCCAAAAGCGACCUUCAGAGUUUCACCACAUCCAGUCUCUGGACCAAGAGUGCAUCCGGCUCCGCAGUCAACGGCACAGAAGUUACAGGCAUCGACUUUGCGAACAACAGUACUGGAUUUUCAACAAACUUGGAAAAAACUGCGGCCUGUCCCGCCUGUUUCGAAAGCUUCACUUCCAACGACAACCUAAGCAAAAGCGUCGACACGUUUCUCCUAGUGGCAGUCAUUAUGAUCCUCGCACUAAGCCAUCUGUAUCUUUUUCUUGCCAACCGAGCUCGACACCCCAAGACACCAAAACAAAAAAAGGGCAAAGCCUCAGCGAGACCGAAAGCGCCAAACAGAAAGUUUUACAUCGUCAUCGGUGCAGUCUGCUGGUUACUCUCAGUCACUGUAAUGAUAAUAUGUUCGGUACGUUUCCGCCAGCUUCAGGAAUGGAUGCUCGCAUCAGGCUGGAUGAGCAACAAGGGAGAAGAGCAACCAAGCUCACUCGACACGUACGGCGAGUUCAUGCCGCUCAUGUUACUCAUUAUACCCGUCAUCGCCGGAUUUGAAGCCUGCUUCGAGCGUGGUAAGUCCUGUCUCGAGCUCCCCAACCCCGCCCCCGUCAUCUUGCGUUGA